AUUGGUUACUGAAUGCGUUGCGCUCAUUUCAUUGGUCACCUACGCGCCUCUCACACAUGCGGAAGUGAAAGUGCUGAAAGCGUUGAUAUUUUCAUCAUCAUCUGAACGAACGAGACUUCUGUCAUAACAGAAUCGACAACAUGUCUGUCGCAAAUCCGAAACAAACAGUAUUGAAUCCAACGAUUCCUUAUGCUGGGACCAUCCUGGGUGGACUACAUCCCGGAGAGAUGGUGCUCAUUCAGGGCAGUGUGCCCAGUAAUGCUGACAGAUUUCAGAUUGACCUGACCUGCGGAUGCAGUAUAAAGCCUAGAGCAGACGUGGCCUUUCAUUUUAACCCUCGCUUCAAGUGGUCACCGUACAUUGUAUGUAACACACUCGAGAAGGAGCAUUGGGGACGAGAAGAGAUCCAUUUCUUGAAGCCCUUCAGACAUGGCGCUGCCUUUGAGAUAAUUAUACUCAUACAGAAAGAUCUGUUCAAGGUGGCAGUAAAUGGCUCUCACCUGCUGGAGUACAAGCACAGGUUAGAGCUCAAGAAGGUGGACACGCUGGCUAUAUCUGGGAAGGUUCAAAUUCAGGCCAUUGGAUUUAUUCCCAGUUCAGUGAGUAAGAGCCCUGUCACAUCACCAAGUGCAGCUGAGAGUAAAAGAUCACAGUCUUACACUGUCUUGUCGGAAUCAGGUGACCUGAAUCUUCCAUUCAAGAGUAAACUUGUGAAAGGUUUGAGUCCAGGACAUUCCAUUAUGGUGAAGGGUCGGGUCAGUGCUUCCCCACACAGAUUUGCUGUAAACCUGCGAGUCAGUAACUCAGAAGACAUUGCUUUGCACUUAAACCCUCGCCUCAAGGCUGGAGUCUUCGUCCGAAACUCUUUCCUGUCGGGAUGUUGGGGGUCAGAGGAGCUCUUCCAGACCAGUUUUCCUUUCUCUCCCAGCCAGUACUUUGAGAUGAUCAUCUUGUGUGAAGAUAAGCAGUUUAAAGUGGCAGUAAACGGGCUCCAUCAGCUCACUUACAAGCACCGCAUGCAGGAUCUGAGUCAGGUGGAUGAGCUGGAGAUACUAGGUGAUCUAGAGCUGAAGGAUGUGAAGAUGUGGUGAGCAGCUCCAGUCUGAAGACCAUUAUCAUGUGUUCUCCUACCAAGUACAUUUAAUCAACCCAAGCCUUAAGCAAUCAAAAAACCUAAACUGUUUUAACUUUAAUUGAAUCCCUAUCUAGUCCGAUCUGACUGGAGACGACAACAACCUUUAUCUAACUAUUAGUGGAUUUAAACCGUACCUGGUUGUUUUGUUUGUUUUUUUGAAAUCGUAAUGAAUUUAUGUGGGAAUUUGUUAAACAGCAUUCUACGUCAGCUGAAUCUAAUUGAAAGAUCCAGGUCUAAAGGACCGUUCACACCGAUUCAUUUUCAGCCAAAAAAAUUACGAAAGUUUUCUGUCAUCACAAGUGACGAUGUGGGAACGUCAAUCGACUUGACAAGUUGAGAAAAGUUUAACUUAAUCCAAACGAGCAGUGACCCAAUGCAGAGACUACUAGGAGAUAUUGCAGCAUGUGAGCAACUCUGUAGGUUUACAUGUACUUUAAAUAGGUCAUGGCAUGAGGAAUCAAAUUUUCCUUGAUCUUUUGACAUAUAAGAGGUAUUAUAAAAACAUACAGUUAGUUUCAGAACAAAAAAACUUCCUCCUCACUGAAAAAAGAGCAUUUGUUGAAACCAAGCUGCCAAAACGACUUGUUUUAUACUUCCUCUAGAUUGUGAUGUCACAUUGUGGUAGGCAUUUGCAUCUGACCGCCUCCACAACAACAAAUCAAUGCCUACUUUACCUUAUCACUUCUAUAGCCUCACCCAGUAGCGGUGAGCAGUGAGAUGGCAAGGAGAGAGCAGGUCAGUCAAAAGCAAGAGCCAAUCAGAAUUCCACAUUUUAUCUUUCACCAUUUCAUCACGAUUUCACAGUCCUUUAUGAUUUGUCACUUCAGAGAUUAUUAAAAAAAGUGAUGGAAAUUGUCAGUAUUUUAAGUGAGUUUGAUUCAUGCAGUUUGUAUACAAUGCUUUCCCUUCCAUAAAUAAAUUUUUAGAUGUAAGAAAACUGAUUCGUUGUCAAAAUGGAAAGGCAUCUUACUUUUACUGGUAAUGCAUCUCAUCUAUGGCCAGUUGUGCAGCCCACCAAUAGUGUUUGGGCAUCCAGCAGUAGGAACCCGAACCAUUAUAGCAACUUGGUGACCUCCAAAAUAAAAUAAAUUUUCUAGAGAUGUGCUCUUUUCCAUAUCUCUGCUCACAUGACAGAUUUGAACUUAGCCAAAUAUGAGCAAAACAAGUCAUGGUAUAAUAGUAGUCUGGUUAAUUAAUCAGACCAGAACAGACCAAAUGUGGAAUUGGGCAGGUGUGGAGACCCGGAUCAGUUCAUGAGAGAUUGAUUACAAUUAAAAAUGGAAAUUCAAAAAGGUCACCAACCACUGAUAUAACAGAUAAAUGGUAAAAACUGGCAUCUGGCAGGAUGUUAAGGUUUGUGUGACAGGAAUUGUCUCUUUAGCCAUUUGAUUAUAGUGUUAUUCCAGGCUAAUUCUAUCCUUUUUGAAUAAUUGCAGAUAAAUUAGCUAAUUUCAGACUAUUGGGGCAGAAGCAAGGCUAAUCCUGAUAUAUUCCUCACAUUUUUAAUCAGUUGUUAACAAAUAACUUUUCAAUUUCCUUUCUGUCAGAGAAUUGUAAUCUGUACAUUAGACAAGCAUGUUAACUAAUGCAAUGCCUGCACCAUGCAACAAAGGCAUUCUAGUAGCCCUAUUGUAUUGAAUAUCAAACCAAUAGUAUCAAUAUUCUGUUUCAGUUCAUCUAAUGAAUGUAUCAGUUAAGGAAAUCAUCUCACAAUUUCCAUGUUUGGUGUUUUCAUGAGAUCUAAUCUUAAAAGAUUAGCCUGCAGGAACUCCAAAUGUCAUCUUGAUUUGCAUUGUGUUUGCAUCUCUUUAUAAAAUGCAUUUUGUUUGUAGCGUUUGCAGAACUAUGCAACAUUCCAACUGUUUACAAUUGAUUUGUGCUACUGCUAUAUGAAGAAUUAUAGCAAGGUAAUUUCUACCUGCAAGUUUUAUUUUCUUAUGUCUGUUUGACAAUGUAUGACAAAUAAGAAACAUUACUAUAUAAUGUAUUAUAAUAAAAAUGUAAUAUAUUUUACAAUGUGUAGUACCAAUAGUUGUGUUUUGUAACAGGGUUUCUUUUUCCAUGUCUAACAUUCAUUACAGUUGGUUUUAUGAAACCCAGCAGAAAGCAUUAAAGGAAUAUUCCUAUU